UGCUCUUUCCUGACCUCUGAUCCCACCACUGCUGCCAGUCUGAUCUGUGUCAGGUUGGAACUGCUAAUAAAAGCAACGGACGUCUGAGCUCAGCUGUAAGGGCUGUCCAUUUCAUUUUGUAUUGCCUUUCAUCUGGAUGUGGACUAGAGUGGAUUAACAAGAAGACUGGGAAGAAGACAGUCAAUUAAAAAAAAACAUAAUUCAAAGAUUUCCUGAGAUUACACUUCAGACUGCAAUAAAGCUACAGCCCUGACUAUAAGCAACUUAACGCUAACAGAAAAAGUUGCAGCUUCAGAAAUUUUGAGGGAGUGAUGUGACUGAAGAUGGACCUUUUAAGUUCAAACUGUCCCCUGAACAGCAGGAGUGGCAGUCGGCCAUGUUGACAGAUUUUGUUAAGGAGACAACUCUCUAACAGUCACAUGAAAGCAAAUUGAAAAAUGAGCAGCUUUUGCCCGCAGUCCAUCACUGUAGCAACAGUUGUCCUUCUGUUGCUAACAUCAGCAGUAAUCUCAGCACAUUUCCGUGUUUGUGAGCCUUAUGCAGACGUCAAAGGGCGCUAUCAUUUUGGUUUCCACUGCCCGCGCCUAUCCGACAGCAAAAGCUACAUGUUAUGUUGUCACCAUAACAGCACAGCCUUCAAGUACUGCUGCAACGAGACCGAAUUUCAGGCAGUCAUGCAGAUGAACAUGACGGGACAGGCAGAGGGAUACAUGCAUAAUAACUACAGUGCACUGGUUGGAGUAUGGAUUUAUGGCUUUUUUGUCCUGAUCCUGCUUGUACUGGACCUUCUCUACUACUCUGCCAUGAACUAUGAGAUCUGUAAAUUUUACCUGUCUAAGUGGGGAAUCCGAGGCAGCUGGCUGAAGCAGGAUGAGGGCCAGUGGAGCAGCUCAACUCAGGGACAGGGUCAGGCUCAGGCUCAGUCCCAGACGCAGACCCAUGCUCAGGCCCAUUCAUCACAGACUAUACAGACGCUGAAAGCUGAUGUUCAGAGCCCAGCCUUGAUGUCUUUUCAAACUUCAACUGCAUGCAAUUUGUGUUGCUCACAAAUUAGAAACUGUGAAGAGCACGAGGAAGCACCACACCCUUGAGGAAUUAUAAUAACAGCCAAUAGAUGCAGAAUAGUGCCUG